AUGCCACCAAAAGAAGCCACUAGAAAAUGGAAGGCUCCAAAGGGUCCUAAACCCGUUCAACGUAAGAAUAAGAACACCAUUGGGCUUGGUAGAUCCAUUCAGAACGCACGUUCCAAGGAAAAUGCCAUCGAAUAUCUACCAGAUGGUGAAAUGAGAUUUACCACUGAGAAACAUGAGGCUAACUGGGUGAAGUUAAGAUCAGUGACACAGGAAUCCGCCUUGGAUGAAUUUUUAAGCACUGCCGAAUUGGCAGACAAGGAUUUCAAAGCUGAUAGACACUCUAACGUGAAAAUUAUUAGAAUGGAUAGUGGUGUAGAUGGUAUUUCUCAGGGGUUCUCAAUGACCAACGAACAACGUGGGACCAUUAAUGCUAAGCAAAGAGCUUUAGCUAAAGAUUUAAUUGUUCCAAGAAGACCGAACUGGGACGAGGAGAUGACAAAAUAUCAAUUAGAAAGACAAGAAAAGGAGGCAUUUUUGGAAUGGAGAAGAAAAUUAGCUGUCUUGCAAGAAUCUAAUGAGGAUUUAUUGUUGACUCCCUUCGAAAGAAACAUUGAAGUUUGGAAGCAACUUUGGAGAGUUGUGGAAAGAUCAGAUUUGGUAGUCCAAAUUGUUGAUGCCAGAGAUCCAUUGUUGUUUAGAUCUGUUGAUUUAGAAAGGUACGUUAAAGAGUUAGAUGAAAGAAAACAAAAUUUAUUGUUGGUUAACAAAGCUGAUCUGCUAAGUAAGAAGCAACGUAUUGAAUGGGCGAAAUAUUUCGUAUCCAAGGGGAUCUCUUUCACAUUUUAUUCUGCUUUGAGGGCGAAUCAAAUUUUAGAGUUACAAAAUGAAUUGGGUGACGAUUAUAAGGAAGAACACAUCGAGAAACCCGUUGAGGAUGAAUCUAUUGAUGAGAGUACCAUAGAUAAAAAUAUAUUAGAAAAGAUUGAAAUCUUGACUAUAGACCAAUUGGAAGAAUUAUUUUUAUCUAAGGCACCAAAGGAACCACUUACUGAACCAUUACCAGGUCAACAACCUCUUCUUCAAAUUGGUUUGGUUGGUUACCCAAAUGUCGGUAAAUCAUCUACAAUUAAUUCUUUAGUGGGUGCAAAGAAAGUGUCUGUUUCUUCUACUCCAGGUAAGACAAAACAUUUCCAAACCAUAAGGUUAUCAGAUUCUGUUAUGUUAUGUGAUUGUCCUGGUUUAGUAUUUCCAAAUUUUGCAUAUAAUAAAGGUGAAUUGGUAUGUAAUGGUGUCUUGCCAAUUGAUCAAUUGCGUGAUUACAUCGGACCAUGUACUUUAGUGGCAGAGAGAAUUCCAAAAUAUUAUAUUGAAGCAGUAUACGGUAUUCAUAUUCAGACUAAAGCUAAAGAAGAAGGUGGUAAUGGGGAAGUUCCAACGGCACAAGAAUUGUUGGUUGCAUAUGCUAGAGCUCGUGGUUAUAUGACUCAAGGGUUUGGUUCUGCUGAUGAAUCUCGUGCAAGUCGUUAUAUUUUGAAGGAUUAUGUUAAUGGUAAAUUGCUUUAUAUCAAUCCACCACCACAUUUAACCGAUGACACUCCUUACACCAGAGAAGAAUCGCAAGAAUUUAAUAAAGAAUUAUACACAUUUGACCACUUACCUGAGAAUAGACAAGAACAAUUGCGUGAAGCUGCCAAAUCUAAGGGUAUUGAUACACUUGAUUUAGCCCGUGACCUAAAUAAAUUGACAUUCUCUCAACAUACUGGUGGUGAUGAAUCAAAGGAAGCUAAAGGUGUGACACACGGUGGUAAACAGGCUGCGCUAUACAAUGCCGCUGAAGAUCUAGAUAAUGAGUUCUUCAAGAUGAACAAUGUUGAAGGGAAGUUAACCACUCCUUUUCACAAGCAACAAAAUCAAAACGGUUCGAAGAAACAUAAUAAGAAGAAUAAGAAGGGUAAGAAAAAGGCUGCCAUGAUGAGCGAGUAG